GGUCUCCCAUUCUCCCUCAUCUCUCUAUCUCGCUGACUUCUUUAUAGUACACCGAAUUAUCAACUAACCCAAAUGUAGAUGAUGACAAUAAACCAGUAAAUGGUUUCUGACCCUGCUGCUGCCUCUCAAUUCAUUCACUUCUCUUCCCAGAAGUGAGAAAUCAGUACUGAUUCCAAUUUCAUCAUUUCUUACCAAGUGAAAAAUGUCUCCCAAGAGCAACAAAUUUGACUCUAACGGAAAUGCAAGUUCCCCACCACAAGAGAAUGGCUUUAAUGAUUCAUUCUCUCUCCUUAGUUCUGAAAAGGCAGUACAGGAAUUGAUUCAGCAACCUCUUGACCAAGGGAUUGAUGACCAUCUGUUUGAGUUUUCUGAGGCAUUGAGAACUGUUGCAAAGGCAUUGAGACGAGUUGCUGAAGGGAAGGCAACUGCUCAAGCUGAGGCAGCUGAGUGGAAGCGCAAAUAUGAAUUGGAGAGGGAACGCAAUAUACAGUUGGAGCAAGAAGUUUUACCGGAAGAGCAUGAUAGGGAGUGUGAUGAUAAGAGGGCAAAUAAGUUUGCAGACCAAUCUGUGCAGUGUGAUGAAGCUGUUGAAGAAUCUCUGAGGUGUUGUGGUAAAAAUGGUAUUUGCUCUCAUGAGGUUCUUCGAGAUGGCGAGCUUGACAGAAAUUGCAGCACUGUCCAGAGCAAGAUUAUGAGAAAGGCAUCAUUUAAGCUCUCGUGGUGGUGCAAAGGUGAUAAAAGUGAUCAGCACAAACAUGAUAUUGUCUCUUUUGAAAGGGGAAAUAUAACAACUGCAGAGCGCAGCAGUAAACAGAUUUCUUUGAAGUGGGAAUCUCCUCCAAGGACUGUGCUAAUUCUGACCAAACCAAAUUCAGUUUCUGUUCAAAUCCUUUGUUCAGAAAUGGUCAGAUGGUUGAAAGAGGAGAAAAAGCUUAACAUCUUUGUGGAACGACGAGUGCGCUCUGAACUUUUAACAGACUCAUCAUACUACAAUUUUGUACAAACCUGGCAAGAUGAUGAGGAAGUUCUACUCUUGCAUACGAAAGUUGACCUUAUUGUAACUCUUGGCGGGGAUGGAACUGUUCUUUGGGCAGCUUCAAUGUUUAAAGGUCCAGUUCCACCCAUUGUCCCAUUUUCUCUUGGUUCAUUGGGCUUCAUGACUCCAUUCUAUAGUGAACACUAUCGAGAGUGUCUCAAUUCAAUUUUCCGUGGUCCCAUCAGCAUUACCUUGAGACAUCGGUUACAGUGCUAUGUUAUCAGAGAUGCAGCUAAAACUGAAUAUGAAAAUGAAGGUCCAAUUCUUGUUCUGAAUGAGGUUACAAUAGAUCGUGGAAUAUCCUCUUUUCUCACAAAUCUGGAGUGCUACUGUGAUAACUCAUUUGUCACUUGCGUACAAGGUGAUGGUUUAAUUUUGUCAACAACAUCGGGAAGUACUGCUUAUUCCCUGGCAGCGGGAGGUUCAAUGGUUCAUCCUCAGGUUCCAGGGAUCCUGUUUACACCAAUUUGCCCACACUCUUUAUCUUUUCGGCCUUUAAUACUGCCCGAGCACGUUACAAUUCGAGUGCAAGUGCCUUUCAACAGUAGAGGUCAUGCCUGGGCAUCAUUUGAUGGCAAGGACAGGAAACGCUUGGCUGCUGGGGAUGCUCUUGUUUGCAGCAUGGCACCUUGGCCCGUGCCAACUGCUUGUCAAGUUGACUCUACAAGUGACUUUUUGCGCAGUAUCCAUGAUGGCCUCCACUGGAACUUGAGGAAGACGCAGUCUUUUGACGGUCCUCGGGAUGCAGCAUGACCUGGAUAAAGAGAUACCGGAUAAUGUAUGUAGUUAUUUAGUUUUGGACCAUCUAUCAUCCUGUUAAGCAUUGCAGAGCUUCCUCUCCGUUUUUCUCUUGGGGCAAUUUGGAACUUGUUUAUGCUUAAUGUAGAAUGAUUAGAAAUGUAUCAGUACUGCAAGUUUCACAUAUAAGAUGAUCCUACUACAUGCUAGAUUGGGAUAUUGUUGUUAUCGGUAUCAUGAAUGCAUGAUGUAGUAAUAAAUGUCAUCGUGGAAAGUUAUUCCAUUUGUACA